AAUCUAACAAGUUCUGAUUUUGGGAUUAAACAGUCAAACAGUCCAGUUUACUUAAACUAUUAUCAAGUCCUGAUAUAAAAACAGAACCAGGUGGGUCCACAAAGAAUUAUCUUGAAAAUGAUUCCUUAAAUGAUUCCCUAUUUUUCAUAAAUUUCUUUGAAAUGCAUUUUAAAGUUCGUUAAAGACCCUCUUGCUAAAAUAUUUUCAAAAAAUUCUCCUUCUAUGGCAUGUCUGCAAAGAAGCAGUUUGGGGUUCCAUUUAGCACCUUUAUUUUUCUGAGUGUGUCAAUUAACUGAAAGACUUUGUGACAAACACCGCGCCGUGCAGUCGUGAUUCGCUGUAAUUCCCACGGUCCCUGAAGGCAGCAGCGGCUCAGACGUGGCCGUGGUGCAGCUGCUGCGUUCAAGUGGCGCAGUGUCCCGUCUGGAGGCAGAGAGGGCGAAGUUUCACUCUCUGCAUUGCAGCCUGAGCGCUGCUGCCGGAAUCCAACACAACAAUGGCGACUCCCAGUCCGAACAGCAACUCCACAGGCUCCAGCAACAGCAGCGGCAUCGUAGGAUCCACGUCGCACCAGUUCCACCAGCAGACACAGAGCAGCAGCAUGCAAGAAACCAACACCUGCUGGAGAUGUCAAAAUGAAACAGGGUUUCAGAUAAGCCUGUCUGGAGUGCCCCAAAGUAAACGCAAAGCUCUGAAGCUGAAUUUCGCCAACCCUCCAGUGAAACCGACCUCCAGGCUCCCGCUUCAUCCGACAGCUCCCUCUUUCCAGAACCCUCACAUAGAGCGUCUGCGGACACACAGCAUCGAGUCGUCGGGGAAGCUGAAGAUCUCCCCGGAGCAGCACUGUGACUUCACUGCGGAGGACCUGAGAGACCUCGGGGAGAUCGGUCGCGGGGCGUACGGCUCCGUCAACAAAAUGGUCCACAAACCCACAGGCCAGAUCAUGGCUGUCAAGAGGAUCCGCUCCACCGUGGAUGAGAAGGAGCAGAAGCAGCUGCUGAUGGAUCUUGACGUGGUGAUGAGGAGUAGUGACUGCCCCUACAUUGUUCAGUUCUACGGUGCCCUCUUCAGAGAGGGCGACUGUUGGAUUUGUAUGGAACUCAUGUCUACCUCAUUAGACAAAUUCUACAAAUAUGUAUAUUGUGCAUUAGAUGACGUCAUUCCAGAGGAAAUAUUAGGCAAAAUAACAUUAGCAACCGUUAAAGCACUGAACCACUUAAAAGAAAACUUGAAAAUAAUUCACAGAGACAUCAAACCUUCCAACAUUCUAAUGGACCGAAAGGGUAAUAUCAAGCUGUGUGACUUCGGCAUCAGUGGCCAGCUGGUGGACUCCAUAGCCAAGACCAGAGAUGCAGGCUGCAGGCCUUACAUGGCGCCCGAAAGGAUAGACCCCAGUGCUUCCAGACAAGGUUAUGAUGUCCGAUCUGAUGUGUGGAGCUUGGGAAUCACUCUGUAUGAGCUGGCCACAGGAAGGUUUCCUUACCCCAAGUGGAAUAGUGUUUUUGAUCAGCUGACACAAGUGGUGAAAGGAGAGCCUCCCCAGCUCAGCAACUCCGAGGAGAGGCAGUUCUCCCCCAAGUUCAUCAACUUCGUUAACCUAUGCCUUACCAAGGAUGAAUCAAAAAGGCCAAAGUACAAGGAGCUUCUGAAACACCCCUUCAUUCUGAUGUAUGAGGAGCGUUUCGUGGACGUCGCCACCUACGUGUGUCGCAUCCUUGAUCAGAUCCCUGCCUCCCCCAUCUCCCCUAUGUAUGUUGACUGACUGAGUUAGCGUAGGGUCAGGGUCGGGGUGGGUGGGUGGGAGGUUCACCCAACAUGCAGUGGGUGGGACACAAAGCUUUGUGAUGCAACGCUUGACAUCUUAGCCCUCAGAGUUACGUAGGAUCACCUGUUCAUUCACACGUUCCAAAGAACAAAGGAACUAAGUCCUAAUUGCCCGGUGCAAUGAGAUGAAUAUUAAUAAGCAAACCUUUCCACUUUCCAUCACCUCAUUUUAAAACCUAAAAUAUCAUCCAUCUUUCACCCACAAAACCUUGAAGACAUACCAUUGUCUUAGUAAAAUGCAAUGCAUCUUUUUAUGUGAGGAAAAAGGAAUAGAGUAUACAUAUAUGGAAUAUAUAUACUUGAACUCGUUGUACACAAAUACAGAAUCUACCAAAUAAAAUGUUGAACAGUGACGCUCAUGACAUAUGAACAAAAAAAAAUAGCCACCUAAUGGAUUGUACAUUGUGGACUGUAUGUAUGCAUAUGUGUGUUCACCUCUGAAUUGUUGACAUGAUGUAUGCCGACAGACCUACUGUCUAAACAACCACACUCUUCAUGCAGUCUGUUGUGACCACCUUCACUCAAGGUAAAUGAAUGAGUAAUGCAAAAGUGUUUCUCUCCGGAAAGCUCAUGGAUUCGGUAGCGUGGCUUUACUUAUUUGCUUUUGUUUUUGUUUUGUUUUUUUCAAUAUGCAAUCUGUGAGAGUUUGUCUUGAUACAGGAUUGGCACGAUUGACAUUUCUCACAUCUAAUGCUGGCAUCAGUUUGUAUCUCUUGUCUAUUAUCAUUACGGUUGAGUCACGUUGCUUAGCAUCUGCUUUCCUGAAAUAUAAUUGUAUCUGUCGGUGUUGCUUAACUGCACAGUCAACUCGCAGACUUAAAAAAUACAUCCUAGACAUUGACUAGCUGUAACUGAUGUAAUAUGCCAGGUGUUUAUGUUAACUGGUAAAAGUCAACACUACGUAAAAAUCAGAAGCCUGCUACCAAAAUGUAUCCUACAUAGAUCUUUGUUAAAUAGGCAAAAAAAAAAACAAUGGUGUUUUUGUACAACAGAUAAUUGUAGGUGCCUUUUAUAUACCAUAACUAUAGCAGGAUAGUUAACUGCAGCCAAUAUUAUUGAUAUACAAAUCAAAUAAGACGUCACUUCCAGCUAACGGUACGUCUCCAUUCGGUUGGACCCAAGGCAGUAGAUUAAAAAUCUUUUAAUGCGCUGCAAAUAAAAUCUUUCAGUCAAAAACAAUUGUCAGCACAGUUAGCAUUGGCUAAAAUACGACACUGCUUACUACGUCUACCUGAGUCUUUGCUAGCAAAGACCGGCAGGCUGAGAUAAAGUGUGUAUGAAAAUGUCCAUUAGCAUCGGAGCUCAGCAAAUCACUAUAUUGUUCUAACUGAAGAGGAAUGACGUAUAACUUGGCUUAUUUUGUACAACACAAAUUAUAAAUAUGUAUAAAAAUUGUAUUAGUAUUUAAAGAAUAUCUGCUAAUGAAACUUAGAAACGUAUAAUUGACACUGUGCGGCAUGAGCACGUCGUGCCACUUCGAGCUAACGGUACAUCUUCGUUUAGUUGCAGCAAACUUUUUUUUAACAUUUAUUUUGGUGCAAAAAAUAAAUAAAAUUUAAAACCGGAUGACCAGACAGCGCAGUCAACUAACUUAAAUGAACUUAAAAUAAAAAGCCUGCUGGGUAAAUUUAUCCUCCAUAGACCUUGCAAAUGAAAAUAGGGCAAGGGUUUACUGUUAGCAUUAUGCUAUGUGUCAUGUGUAGCACUGGAGCUACUUGUGACAUGUACAUUUUCUUGAUUUAUACAAUGCAAAAGUAAAAAUUAGAAGACUGAAAUAUACCUAAUAAUAAUAAUAAUAAAACGCAUAAGCUUUUGGCUACCAUUGUACAAAUUAAACAUGUCACUUCUAGCUAACGGUACACUUAAUGUGUAGUUGCGACUCACAAAACAGGCUGAACAUUUUUUUUCAUUGUGUGUAAGUAUGUUUUGAUUAAGAUGGGCAGAAGAAUCUUUAAAAAAGAAAAGAGAAAAAAAAGUACCCUGAAAACUGCAAUGUGUCAUUAAAUGACAUGAUCAAUGAUUCAUUUCUUGGAAAGAAAGAUGCUUAGUUUUGUGAUUUAAACAGAAUGGUAACGUGUAAGAGGCACUAACUGGGGUUAGUCCAAUGCUACAUUGCCUGAUGUAAAGUUACUUUAGGACAAUAUGUCCACUGAUGUAAAUGUGUAUGUAUAUAGUACAUCUAAUCUGCUGUUCCUGACAGGUUCUGCCCAACAGUUAAGGCUCAUUCCUAAACAGAGAUGAUUAAAUCAGGUGGGGAGCAGAUAUGGAUGCUGGGAAAUGCUUCAAAAUGAGCCUUAGUCCUCCUUGGCAGCGGCCUGUCUUAGCACUGUACAGUUCAACUGCUCAUUCACACUGAUCACAGGUCCACCAUGCUGCCAUUCAAUGGUGAGCAACAGUAACUACAUUUUCAAAAGUCCUGGCGGGAGGUUCCUGUCCAAAAAAGAUAACUGUAAAUGCUGCUAAAUCACAAACUAUCCACUUCCAUACCAACCACACAACUGUCAGGAGAGGAGGAAGCUCAUUCCUCACAUAGUUACUGCUCUUUGACCCUUAAGGUCACCGAGGGCUCGGCAUGUUUCUCCGUGACUUGGCAUGUCUCUCUGGCUUGCACUGAUGAUAGAAUGUUUCCACACCAAACCAUGUAUUACACUCUGUGUGCAUUUCCAAAGUCCAGAGCGCAUUGACUCACCUGUCUUCCUUCAUCUGCAGUGAUAGACUAAAGUUUACCACACUGGGGCAGAUAGAGGUAAAGGGGAGGACGCAACUUUGAGACUAUUGAGAUUCACAUAUUGUCAUUCCCUCUCAGAAAGCCACGUCUACCAGGCGGGUCUCUCCCCCGCAGAAUGGAAGGACAACCUUCACACUACUUGGAGUUAGCUACGAAACCAAAUUGUCUAUAUGGAUGGUGGUCCUUCCACACAGGGACACUGUAGAGACCCAUGAUGGAAUAAAUACAUGAACAAAGCUACCAUUUUUAUUUUAUUUUUUUGUGAACAAAUUUCAUGAAAAGUUCAAAAUUAGCAGUGUUAAUUUGUCCACAUUUUCUUUGCCCUGUCUGUUGCUUGGCAGCCCCAAAUCCACUUGUAUCACAAAAUGACUCAUAAAUGCACACCGUAGUAAGGCUCAGGAAUUUCAGAAACCUGAUAGGCACUGUGGUGUGUAAGUAAACCCAGUAAACUCUUCUUGAACAGGAGGAGACUGUAAACUUGUUGGGGACAUUGGGUAAUUCCAACAUGGUGUAUGUAGAAUUGAAAGACAAAAAAUACUCAACAUGUUUUGUUAAUGGUCUUUUCAUAAGAUGUGUUGACAGUAAGAAUAUAUCCCCUUAAACCCUUAUAAUUAACAACAUAGCAAAUGCCAGUAAUAUGAAGUAAUUAAAUGUGAUUUAGUCUAUGACAUUAAUCCAAGAGUACACAGAAACAAAUGUGACUGUCUUGAUUUUGUCACGUGAUCCAAGAUCAGAUUGAUAUGUAUCUGUUAGAACGAUACUGAUAUUCUUUCUCUUUCAACUUGAUGUUGAAAAAUGCAUUCUUAUCGCUGAUUGAUGACACAGACUGGGAAAAGAACAGUCUUUCAUAUGGAGGAAGCUCUGAAACCCAAAAGAAUAAGCUUGAUGACCUCAUCAGUAAUCCUCCCUAUGACAUCGCAACCGCACUUAAUUUGUAAUAUCAAGGAAGUCCCCUUUAACAUUUUAUUUAAAGUUGACAACAUGGGCUCUACAUGUGUGUAAAUGUGGAAAAUGGCCACCAUCGUUGGUGUGUGUAUGGUGAGGGGGUGGGUUCAGGGCCACUUGUUAAAAACAGACCUGUUGAAUACAUGUGCCCUAUUCAGGAAGGUAAAACAUUACAACCAAGUUGGUGGAGAUGCAUUGUAGACCAGACACCAUUCUCUCUGUGGAGAAUUCUGUCAGCUCUGUUCUUUCCAUUUCUAUCUGUAACGCAAAAUGGUGCAAAUCCCAGAGAAAGGCCACACAUGGAUCGGUUUUGACUUCGAACUGUCUCCAGGUCUGUUCUUCUGUCAUGGGAUGUGCUUCCAGGAAGCUAACUUACCACUGGUGAAUAUGAAUCUCCAGGGUACAUGUUGUACAAAUUGCAAUUUACUAGAAUGUUCAUAUUAGAUUAUAAGAUAAUAUUAAGGGCAAUGAAUAUUAUAUUGUAUCUUUAUCAAGGGUUACAAAUAAAGUUCCCAUGGAAAAGAUUGAAAACCUGUAUUGUGUGCUUCUUGUGAAUUGGCCAUGAAUAAAAAGAUAAUGCCGAAAUGA